CUAAAAGAAGCAAAACUCUCUUCCUCUACUCAUUCAUCGUUCCCUGCAUCCAUUUCGUUUUUUUACAGGGAAAGAUGUUUUCCAGGAGAGAAGCAGUUCAACACAGAUGCACACAAACUCAAAAUUUCCCUUUCUUAUUUGUAGCGAUAUUUGCUGUUUUAGGAGUUGUUUCAAUAUUUUCUCCCCUGUUUUACUGCGUUUUCCCCACUCAACCACACUGGUACCUCUGUUCUCCCCAUUGCCAAAAAUCAGAUCCUAUAUCCGGUCACCGGGAAACUCAGAUUAAUUAUCGAAAGACUAACCUCUCUCACAUUCUCUUCGGCAUCAGUGGCUCAGCCAAGACGUGGAACAACCGCCGCCAUUACGCUGAGCUUUGGUGGAAACCCAACAUCAUCCGCGGGUUCGUUUGGCUCGACGAGAAGCCUCCAGAGAAUGAAACGUGGCCCGUAACCUCGCCUCCAUACAGAGUCUCCGGCGAUACCUCUAAUUUUACAUAUACGUUUAAGCGCGGUACACGCUCGGCCCUCCGGAUUGCGCGAAUUGUGAAGGAGAGUUUCGAGCUCGGGCUUGACAACGUCAGGUGGUUCGUCAUGGGAGACGAUGACACCUUCUUCUUCCUCGAGAAUCUGGUAACGGUCUUAGAGAAAUACGAUUAUAAUGAAAUGUAUUACAUCGGCAGCAAUUCUGAGAGUGCAGGGCAAGAUGCGAUUCACUCCUACUCAAUGGCCUACGGCGGUGCUGGCUUCGCCAUAAGCUACCCGUUGGCGGCGGAGCUGUUUACCGUUUUAGAUGGCUGCAUCGAUAGAUACGCGUCGUUUUAUGUGUCCGAUCAGAAGGUUCACGGCUGCAUUAGCGAGAUUGGUGUGCCUCUUACAAAAGAGCUCGGUUUCCACCAGGUUGACAUUCGAGGAGAUCUGUAUGGUUUGUUGGCGGCCCACCCGUUGGCACCGCUGGUGUCGCUGCACCACCUAAACUACGUUCAGUCCAUUUUUCCUAACAUGACCCAGAUCGACUCACUAAAAAGGUUAAUGAGUGCGUAUCAAGUGGAUCCAGGUCGGACCUUGCAGCAGAGUAUCUGCUACGACUUGAACCGAAAAUGGUCGAUUUCAGUGUCAUGGGGUUACACUGUUCAACUCUAUCCAUCUCUUGUAACAACAAAAGAUCUCGAAACUGCGUUUCAGACAUUUCAGGUGUGGAAGAGAAAGAGCAAAGAGCAGUUUGUGUUUAACACCCGACCCAUGAGCUCGGACCCGUGUAAGAAACCUGUCGUGUAUUUCUUGGAAAGUGUUGAAAAUAUUGCUCAGGAUCGAAGUUUGACUCGAUACAAAAGGUUUGUUGAUCUACUGGAGUGUAACGGCACUGACUAUGCUCCUCUGUUUGCUGUUGAAUUCAUCAACGUCUCUGCUUCAACGUUGAGCCCGGAAACUUGGAAAAUGGCACCACGAAGACAAUGUUGCGAAGUUGUCAACGGUAGUGAUCUACAGGUCAAUAUUAGAGGCUGCAAUCUGCAAUCUGCAAUCCAACUGAGAGUCUGACCAUCAAAACAGGGGACCUCAAUGCUCAUAUGGCAUUGUUUUCUUCCUUUACAGUAACGCAAAACUUGUAUGUAUCUUUGCGUUAAUUUGGUACCAUAUGGUAUGAGGGUUUGUGUUUUAAGAUUUUUUUGUUAUAUUAAAUUUUUUAAUAUAUU